UGGUCCUCCCACGCUGGCUUGCUCCUCCGGCGGCCCCUCGCCUCGCUCCUGGCUGCUCGCUUCCUUCUGUUCCGCAGGGUUUAGCGUGGCCGCGCGAGGACGGACGGGGCUUUGCGGUCCGCACCAGGCUUUCCACGCCCGCUCGCAGGGAUCGCUGCGGGCACCGAGGGCCCAAGGUUGACAGAUCCGGGAGGGUGUAUGGGGCGUCUUUGUAGCCAGUUCUGCAGAUACUUUUAAAGUACUUUGUAGCUGUCGCCAUGGCUGUAUAACAUUGAAUUUAGAAGUUAAAUUGUAGCUGUUGAAUGGAUAUUGGACGUUUCGACAAAGAGGAAGACUGACAGCAUUUGACUGUUCUAGCCUCUGAAAUAGUGAAGGGUACCGUGCUGAACCUGUCUUUCAUCCGAUGUUCGCUCAUUCCCUGUAAAGAUCCCUAUUGAGAAUUAGCUCUGAAGGUAAAGCGCAGCAAUGGCUGCUGUUUAUUCUGGCAUUUCUCUAAAACUUAAAAGCAAGACAACUUCCUGGGAAGAUAAACUAAAACUAGCGCACUUUGCCUGGAUUUCCCAUCAGUGUGUUCUUCCAAAUAAAGAACAAGUAUUACUUGAUUGGGCACGACAGUCGUUGGUUGCGUUUUAUAAGAAAAAACUUGAACUGACGGAAGACAUUGUCGAAAGGCUUUGGAUCUAUAUGGAUAACAUUCUACAUAGCAGAAAAUUGCAGAAUCUCCUCAAGAAUGGAAAGACAAUUAACCUUCAGAUUUCCCUCCUCAAGAUCAUCAAUGAGAGAAUGGCCGAGUUUGCUCUCUUGGGAUCUCAGAGGAGCAUCUGUGUUGUGCUGAGCUGCUGCCAGGGUAUCCUCUCGACACCCGCCCUUGCUGUCAUCUACACGGCCAGGCAGGAGCUGACGGUCGACCUGCUGAGCCAGCUGUGCUGGUUGGCCUGUAGGCAGCCGGGAGCCGUGAUGCCCCAGUUGUUCGAGGUUCUUCACCUGACCCUCGGCCUUUACCUCUCGAUUCAGCGGCAGCAGGUCAACCCAAGACGCACCUUUGGGGAGGUGACCACACACUUGCUCCAGCCCUGCCUGGUCCUGAGACACUUACUCUUGGCAGGCACGUGGACCCAGGCUGGCCAGGGCCUGCUGCGGCCGGCGCUAGGCCGGGACAUUAGGAGUCAGAUCGAGGCCGUGCUUCGAGGUGGAGCUUUUCAGGCCGAGCUGCUCCCUUCCUACAAAGAGGAGCUCUUGGAGCAGCAGCAAGGUGACACGAAGAUGGGGGCCAUGAAGAAUCUCCUAGCGCCCCUGGGCACCGUGACGGCCAGGCUGGUGGAUGCCGGCUACUGUGAACCGUCCCUUCAGGCUGCUGUGGUGGCCAACUCCGUGGCCCUGCUGUACAAGCUCUUUGUAGAUUCUUACCUCAAGGAGGGGAACCAGCUGCUCUGCUUCAAGGUGCUCCCUCCGCUGUUCGGUUGCUUAAGGAUUUCCCACCUGCGGGAGGAGCAGCUGCAAGCCCUGUCUGCGUCUGACUGGACCGUGGAACUCCUGGCCUUGGAACAGCUGCUAAAUUCAGUGGCCAGUAGUACUAUCUACAACAUUGCCACUGACCGGAUUCGGCACGGGGAGACUCAGUUCCGCUUCUACCGCCGUCUGGCCGAGACGCUGCUAAACCACCCACAGGCCCCCGUGCCAGCCUGGUUCCGCUGCCUCAAGGCUUUGCUGUCUCUGAAUCAUUUGAUUCUGGAGCCAGACCUGGACGACCUGUUGGCUUCAGCUUGGAUCGACGCAGAAGUCGCAGAGUCGCGGACCCAGAAAGCCCAGGAGGCGCUGAUCGGUACACUCUUCCAGACGUUCGCCAAGCUCCGGCAGGUGCCCCGGCUGUUCGGGGAGGUGCUGGGCGUGAUCUGUCGCCCCGCGGCCGAGGCGCUCAGGCUGCCCGUGCUGUCUGCGGGCCCCGCUGCUGUGCUUCGCGAGUGCCUCCCAGAUCUGCCCCCGAGCCAGGUCCUGGACGCCUGGGCCCUCAUCCUGGAGAGCUUCCAGUCUCUGGUCCUGCCUGAUUUGCAGGGUGACAUGGACAUGGCCCUGAAGUCGCUGUCACUGAGCUCGCUGCUGCACUGCGUCAUGGUCCACGCGCGGAGCCUGGAUGGCGACUCGCCCCUGCCCGUGGUCAGGCGCACGCGGCGCACCAUGGACGAGACGCUGCGGGGCCUCGUGAAGCCCCUGCUGGACCUCCUCUGCAAGCCCCAGCCCUCGGUGCCCGAGCCCUGGCAACAGAGGGUCGGUGACUCUGCGCUCCUGCUCGCCCACACCUGGGCCCAGGUGGACACUGUGCUGGGCUUGAGCUGCGACCCGUAUCGCUCUGAGCCCGGGGCCCUCGCGGGCACCGCCCCGGAGCCCUCGAGCCUCCCCCCGCUGCUCCCGGGCGUGGAGGCCAGGCAGUGGAAGGAGAUAGAGGAGUUUGCGGCUCAGUCCAACUCCCUCGGCAGGUACUGCUUGGAGCAGCUCCACCUGCAGAGGAUGAAAAACACCUUGCUGCAAGCGAGCGUCCAGUCUGAAGAAGCCCUCCUUGCUCUGAGGCGCGAUGCCGCCUACAUCCUGGGCUCCGGGAGAGCGAGCCUGUCCCGGGGGACGACGGCCUCCUGGGACGGCCAGGUGGGGACAGUGAGUGCGCUCACCUACCCCGUCGCCCACUGGCACUUGGUCAUGUCCAAUCUCACGAUCUUAGCAUCCUAUCUUUGUCCAGACGACCUGCGGUACCUGGCCGACAUCCUGCUAAGAACUUUGCCAACGAGCAAAGCCCAGGAAGGCCCGGCGGAGGAGGAGCCAGACAUCACACUUGAAGAAAUAUCGAAGGCCGUCCUUCACAGCCCUCUCCUCCCCGAAAUGCAGUCCCUCCACUCUGCGCUCUUACUGCGCGUGACUGCGAGCUGCGCUGGCAUCCUGUGUGCUGGCGCCCAGGGGGGCCCUGCUCUUCUCCGCCAGCAGCUGCCCUGGCUUUUUGAAGGGGAUUAUGCGGUCGUGGCUCACGGGGAAAGCAGAUUUCCAAAGGUCAGGUCGGAAGGUGUAGAGCCAAGGGGAGAAAUCGCCCAAAACUUACUCUCCUUGGCCAGGGGUGACUCCCCCGUCCAGCUGGAGGGAGAGCAGCUGGAGAGCAUUCUUCGGCUUUUGGAGGUUCUUUCUGCUCUGCAGCUGGACAGCCUCCCGCCCCCCUGCCACGUGCAUUGUGUUCUCCUGCUGCUGUCCCUGGCCGGCACCGUGCUGGGCAGUUCUUGCUCCCCCUCGCUGACCCUCAGGUUCUUGAUGACGUGCUACCGGCUUCUCGGUUACCUGCAGAGAGGGAAGAGCGCCCAGUCGGUGCUCAGGGUCAUGUACGUUAGCGAUAUCUUUGAGAUCACGCUGACCUCCUUGUUCAAAGCCAGUAGGAGGUUUCUUGUGGACAUGGACGACCCCUCUUGGCUGGAAUUCCUCCAGGUGGUGGGGACGUUCUUAGAACAGCCACUGCAGGUGCUCCUCCAGAGGAAGCUCAGCCCGGAGCUCAAUUUUGGGAAAAUCCUUGCGUUCCUCUCGAGUUCCCAGCUGCGCCCUGAAGCAGCUCCAGGCACACGGUCGGAAGAUCAGACACCUCUGGGCCAGCAGCUCCUUCUGGUGUCCUUAACCAAGCUGUGCCAGGCGCUGGGGCCUUUGGUCAAGGAGCAGGAGCAGCACGAGGCUCUGGAAGCACCGCGUGAGCUGUUGCAGGCGGCUGUGGUACAGGCGGGGGCCGUGCUCCAGCUCUGCGCCGCCCGUGGGGCCCGGGGCCGCCGCCUCCCGCCGCCCGUCCUCUCGUCGGUCGCCUCGCUCUUGGAGGCCGAUGUGGCCCUGUGCUCUGGGCACGGCGGGACGGACCACGUGCUGCUGCCCCAUGCCGCCCUCUACCAGGCUGUCUACUCUCAGAUCCUGUCGGAGUUGCCGGAUCUAGCAGGAGACACCCCAUCUCUCCAGGCAGCUGUGCAGUUUUUGACUCUGUUCUUUUUAGCCCCAGAACUGCACCCCCAGAAGGAGUCUGUGUUUACCUCUGUGUUUCAAUCUGUGAGAAAAGUCCUUGCAGAUCCUGCGAUUCCGGUUCAGGUAGUUGAGGAGAUAGAGCCUCAUUUGGGAGCCUUGUUCACCCAAAUGUUAGAGGUUGGGACGACAGAGGACUUCCGGAUGGCCCUGCAGAGUAUCCUCCAGGGACUGGACGUCAGUAACACGUGGAGAGCAGAUCUGCAGGCUGUUUUGUCGGCUGUGACGUUGGUCAAGUUGCUCUUGAACUGCCCGUUUGGUGGCGAGAAGGCCAGUUUGUUCUGGCGUGCGUGCCCACAGAUGGUCAUGGCUCUAAUGCUGCAGACCCGAGAAGCUUGUCGGGAACAGCCGGUGGCGCCGGCACUGGUGGGGCCCAUCUUGGACGUCCUGGCUGCGCUGCUGAGGCAGGGGGAGGGGGCCAUCGGCAACCCGCACCACGUUGGCCUGGCCUUCGGCGUCCUGCUGGCCGUGCCCUUGGACGCCCUGAGGCCCCCCGAGUAUGGGCACAUCUUCCCGCGGGUCCACAACGUGCUCUUCUCAAUCCUGCAGUGUCACCCGAAGGUAAUGCAGAAAGCCAUCCCUUCUUUCUUGAACUGUUUUCAUAGACUGGUGUGUUCAGUUAUACGCGAAGGGCGGCAGAAAGACAAAGGAAGCGCAGAGGACCUGCCAGUGGUGCUGGAGUGCGCCCGCCUCGUGGAAAGGAUGUACAGCCACAUGGCACUGCGGGCCGAGGAGUUCAGGGUGUUUUCCCCCUUUAUGGUGGCCCAGUAUGUGAUGGAGGCGCAGAAGGGCGGUGCUGGGCCUCGCGGAGCUGGCUUCCUGCCGGGGACACCGACUGAGACCUGCCGACAGGUACGCAGGAUCAUGGCAGGGGGCCCCAGUGCAGGCGCUGGGCGAGGGCGGGGCCGUCCUGGGGAGGUGAUGUCUGAGCUGAGACCUGCCCGGAUGACCAGGAGCCCCCAGGGGCCUUCAGUCAGGCUGCACGGACGUCGCUUGUCACCAUGGUUUUGGCCAAGGAUGGGCACCCGAAGGGCAGGACAGAUGUGCUGGAAGUUGGGGGGCGAGAAGAAUGAAUGUGGGGCUCUGGGCUGUGCCUGCGGGGGCUGCCCUGGCCAUCCUGACCGCCCCCCGUGGACCAGAGCGGCUGGGCCUUUGUGGCCUGUCUUCCUUCUGGGCAGCUUCCCAGAGUCCAGCCAAGGAGGGCUCACGCGAUUCGGGUUGGAAGUUUUCGUUUGCCUGGUUUCUCGUUUCAUCUUCAAAAUAAUUCAGCUACGCCCCUUCCUCUUUUGUCUAAUCAGCUCUCACCUUUAUGCUUCAAGUCCCAUGAAAUCCUCUGCAGAGGUGUAGGCUGGGUCACCUAUGAUUCUUCGUUCCCUCCCGUGUGUUCCUAGCUCUCUCUUUUCUCUUUCUCGUUUCACUUUCCUUUCGGAGGGUCUCAAGCCCCGUCUGUCUGUCUCCUCCCCGGCCUGACGGGUGUCACAGGUGUCAUCCUGGUCGCUGGGCCAGAGGACUCUCGUCACCUGUGUCGCUGUGGACAUCCUGCCCAUGCCUCCCAGCCCCCUCCCGCUUGCUGGUUCCGUGGCUCUGUGUCCAGUUCCCUCCCAUUUCCUGCCUCCGUUCUUUGUAGCCUUGGCGUCCACGCCGAGGACCUCCCCACCCCUGGCCCCCUUCCCGCCGUCCCCACAUCUGUCCCCACUCGGCCACCGGCCGCUAGCUGUUCGCCCUCCCGUGGGAGCCCGCUCGCUCCAAGGCACCCUCUUCAGUGUCCCCUCCCCUCCGCACUGCCUGGUCUCGGCCUGCCCCUCGUCCCUCCGUGCACCGUGCCCGCCAUGCUUCACCAGCAUCCCCCUCCUUUGGCUCCUGUCACUGUGUCACACUCUGGUUAUCCUGCGCCCGGGCGGGCAGGAAGCUCUGUGGCUGGAGAAGUAACAGAAUCAUGAUGGUUCUCCACAAAAUCCUGUUCUCGCUGCUCGGCUGACUCCACCUCUUGGGAGGAAAAUCUCUUUCUUCCUCAGAGGAAGAAGCAUGGCCGAGGCGACAUGGCUUCGAGGUGCUGUGAAUUCGUGGUGAUUGGGUUGUUGUAAUGAUUUUGCGUGAGGUUAUAGCUGAUGGUAGAACAUAAAUGUUACGGAGGAGAGAAAGGUUUGCAAAGUGUUCCAUCGUGAAUGCAACCGUGACGAGUGGGAAAGGGUUCUCGUUACAAAGGAGGGCCGAGGGGUGCGGCUCAGCGGGAGGGCCUCAACCACGCUGCAGGCGGCAGGGCCAGGCUCCACGGGCGUCGGGAUGAGAAACACAUUCGGAGAAACGGAACCGUGAAGAUCCCAGCAGAGAGCGCCUGGCAGGUGCCACAGUGGUGAUGAGCCCCAGAGGAAGCAGGGGGGCAGCCACGCAAGUCAGCAUACAGGAUGUGGCCACACUCAACUGACCACCGAGGCCACUUUCAGGACUGAGGUGAUUGCCCUUGUCUGUGCACAUGUGGGUGCGCACGGCACUUGGUGUCCCGGCUCUCUGGCCAGGUGGCAUGUGCUGGUAUCUUCUCUACCCUCUGGGCUUUUAUCACAGAUUAAAUGAGUCAAAUAGCCUUUUCCCAGUCUUCUAACCACAUCCUCGGUCUCUCAAAUCUCUAUCACUUUCCUUUCUGUUUACUGAUGCACACAGAAUAUCUUUAACCUAAAAAACUUGAAUAUCAAUCCUAUAAUUCUCCCAAAUCACCCCAGCCCCUUCUCUUGACCGCCGACCAGAUAUGAGUAGUCUACGUUUGUCAUUCCUAUUUACCUUGAUAUCCUCCCCCUUGAAGCUGCCCUCAGAAAGAUCCUGGGGCCAGUUUGAACCACCCAGCUUCUGGGCUAUUGGGUUGGCCCUCCAUCUUCCUUGUAUCCAGGCACCUUUGGCUUUUCUGCUUCUUCCAUCUCCAGGGUCCCGGGUGUCCCCGAAGCUCGCUCUCCCUCAGGCCCUGUGUCCCCAGGGGUCAGUCCCUGACAGUCGUCUCUGGACCUGCUUCCUCUCCUCCCCCUCCGACAUCACUGAGCAAAGUCCCUCUUAAACUUCCCAAUUUCUGCUCCUCCAAUUGCCUUGUCUCUCGAGUUGACAACUGGAGAGGG